AUGAGACCAACAUUAGCACUUCGAGUUAGACCACGUCGUCCAGAAAGGCCAAACCAAACUCCAUUACUCCCACCAUUGAAAUUGUACCGAGCCAUACUACGAGCUCAUGUACAUAAAUUACCUCAAGAAUUGCGUUAUUUGGGUGACGAAUACGUAAAAAAGGAAUUCAAAGAUCACAAGAAAAUCGAUAAUCCGUUACAUAUAGUGGGAUUCUUGACUGAAUGGCAAGAUUAUUUGAAACAAGUUGAUGGUGGAAAAUGGCUUGAUGGGAAAUUGAGCAAGACGGAGUUGGAUAAAAUGACGCCGGAGCAAGUAGGUCAGUUGUAUGAAUUGAUGAAGGCUACAAAAAAGAUUGGUGAGGAUGAAGUACUGGAAUAG